AUGCCUUCAAACACGCGUCAACAACAGGCCGCAAUGAGUAAUAAGGAGCAGACGUCCAAUGCGGAAGAAGCAGAGAAGACUGCCAAUUUGCUGAACAAAAUCAAAAUUACCAAGAAGACUGCGCCGAGGACAUCAAUGGUUGGAGGGGCUAUAAACUGGAUGCUGAGCGCUUUCCCCAGCAGUAAUCCGGCGCCCGAAAGACAAAACCUUGUCGAGGAGCGGGACGAUGCUGACGAGCGAGAUACGAACGAAGAUAGAUUCUCAAGCGGAGUGCGGGAUACUUCCAAGUCCAACGAAGAAGCUGCCAAAGAGGUGGAACAUCCUGGACUUGAUGCCUCUGCAAGAAACUUGAAUCACUCUGGAGAGCUCUCGCCGAGAAAGCGAAAGCGGAGCAUUGAAAACGGUACAGAUGAUAGUCCCCGAGCCUAUUCCCUAAAAACUGUGUCUGACGGAGACCUAGCACCUACAGAGCCUCUGCCAAAGCGACUUUCACGAAAACGGGUAGCGAAAAAACCGAUCGUUGCGGCAACUACGAGCUUGAACCCCGUGUCGGAAGUUAGACCUGUUACACGUAGCAGAUCAACGGUGCCUGUAGUUGAGAUUGAGGUCGAAUCGUCUGUAACACCGCAGAAUCUCAUAGAAAAUGGAAGAGGGCGGCGUACGAAGGCUCAUACGCUUGAGUCCGAGCGGCAACAAGGAGUAACAAUUCUAUCCGCGCCGGGCAAUGAUAACGCAGAAUCCAACAAUUCAGAAAAACUUCUCGAAGACAACGAUAGCACCAGUUGGAUGCCGGCGAACCGAAGCCCUGAAAAAGUCACCAUGCAACCCUGGACUGGACGGGAGUAUUAUCUCGCGAGUGCAGAACAAGCUAAGCGUGCCCAUCGUCUUGAAGCUACAUCUGCCGACGAAGACGAUAUGAUACAGGACGAGGAUGACGUACAAAAUAGCAACCAAGAAGUUGCUCGCCCAGAGUUGUUCCCGUUCUCCUUAGCGCCUGCUCAGAUAGAAGAACUGAUGAAAAUUUCAGACCGAGUUGGGCAAAGAUACCACAUGUCUUCGGACUCUUAUGACAAGAUCAUCAGCGUUUCUUUAGAUAAGCUUAAUGAUGAGACUGGAAAAGAGCUUAGCGCGAUCGUAGAUUCCUUGUCAACAGCAUAUGAAAACCUACAAGCUUCUAUCUUAAAGGGCCGCCGAAAUCUCACAAAUAAGGCUUAUGCCAACGUGUCCUCUCGUCUAGAAGAUCUGAGAGCGUCCACACGAAACGCCGUGCUCUCGAUUAGAGGUACCGGAAUCGACGAUAACACACCGGCUACCGAGAAGUUGCUCAUUUGUUUAUACUUCAUUGUCCUACCUCAGUGGAUGAGGUGUAUCCAGCUGGCUUUGAAUACCUGUAGUGAAGAAGGCAAGAUGAGUUUGGAGCUAGCCGAAGAAAUCUACUCUCUAUGUAAACUAUGGUGCGAUUUAGCAGGUGUUGCAACGGCGCAGAAGGUCAAGCUGAGCGCAAACGAUGUCACUCCGUUCGACGAUAAAAUUAGUAACAACGAUGACGAAGCGGAUAACGAUGAUACAAGCAAAAAGCGUCGGUCAAACUUUCAAAUAAAGCAGCCAACCACAGAGAGUCUGACUCAACUGAGGAAGCUUUGUAUGAGCCAUCGAGUUGAGAUAGAUGCGAUCAAAAAGCGGGCAAAAGACUUAAUGUCUGCCAGCCAACAAGCAAUACGCAUGGAAACGGAAGAGAGAGCUCGUGACAGCUUGCGCCAAGCGGAUCUGGAAGCGAAAGAGAUAUCUCGCAAUGAGCAGGAGGAACGAAGAGCAACUCUCAUGAGGAAAAAAAACCAAGAAACUCUUGCCAGAAGACGUGCCGUCCACAGAAAGCAACGGCAAGAUGUGGAUAGGAUUAAAAGGGAGUUAAUGGGCAACUACGGCUUAUCGGCUGGAGAUGAUCGCUUGUAUGGAAGCCAGGGGGCAUCAAUACGGACGAGGAGAAAUGUAGAAUCCGACGAGUCUGAUCUUGAGGAAGAGAAUGAUCCUCUCUCAAACGGUUACAAAGUUCGUAUUGGGGGGUUCCCUCCCGAUAACAAGAGAGGAACCACCCGAACGCCGUGGAACAACGAGAAGAAGGGCAGAUUCGCCAUGAUGAUGAUGCAAGAAGCUGAAGAUCCCAAUCGCUGGCAAAACGCUGCUCGAGCCCUGGAUGUCGAUAUUGAAGAGGUUUUCGAAGCUGCAAAGGAGCUUCAACAAUGUCUUCAUAGAGUCCAUGAAAGGGGUAAGAUGCUCGAUCAAGAGUGGACAUAUAAUGUCUGGUGGGAAGACGAUGAUGCCAUAUCCGUGCCAUCUUAA